ACAUAAAACGGUGCCCGACCCGGUCGUCACAGGUUAGGCUCGUGUCGGGUGCGUACAUGCAGUCCCACAGCGGGAUAGACGGACGGGGCCCGGACCACAACAACAAAACCAGCCCCACCGGUAGGGAGCGCACGAAACGCACCCUCUCCCCAUACAGCAAGCGGGCGCAUCAGCCAAGAUCGAUCGUGUGGUUGUAUGGGUGUGUGUGUGUGUGUUCAGUGUAGUGUUGUUGGCUGUGUGCAUACGCAGAGAUCGCGUCCGCGUGUCCGCCAGCAACAGCGCGCACCGAAUCUUAGAUCAUCGUCAGUCCGUGUUUGGUCGCCGCUCAGUAGCACGCGUGUGUGCAGCAGCAGCAGCAAAAGCAGUUUUUGUGCAGAGCGCUAGAAAAUAUAUAGUUUACAUUAAUUUCCAUCUCAGUGCUUUAGGUGGUUUGGUCGGGCAAAACACUCGGCGCUUCGGUGUAGUUAAAGUAUAUUUUGGAGUGUAUAAUACCAAAUAUUAUCAACCCCCGUGUGCACGAUGGCUAGCGAGGUGCAAAACUUUUACAAAAACAAGUACAUCUUCCUAACUGGCGGUACGGGCUUUCUCGGUGUUGCAAUCAUCGAGAAGAUCCUGCGCUCUGCACCAGAGGUUGCUGGCAUCUAUCUGUUGAUGCGCCCGAAAAAGGGCAAAGUGAUCGAGGAGCGACUGAAGGAACUUACAAAGAACCCGGUUUUCGAGCAACUGCUCCAAACGCAGUCGGACGACAUCUUCAAGAAGCUGAUACCGGUGUCGGGCGAUGUGGGGGAAAACUUUCUCGGCCUGUCGCCGGCCGACCAGGCCACGGUCGUGGAAAACACCAACGUCGUCAUCCACUCGGCCGCCACGCUCGACUUUCAGGCAACGCUGCGGCCAACGGUCAACAUCAAUCUGCUCGGCACCAAGCGCGUGCUGGAGCUGUGCACGCGUAUGCGCAAUCUGAAGAGUAUGGUGCACAUAUCGAGCGCGUACGUUAACUCGUACCUAACGGAAGCGGAAGAGAAGCUGUACCCCUGCACGGAAACCGCCCAGAAGGUGGUCGAUCUGGUGGACACGCUGAGCGAUGCGGCGCUCGACGAUCUGCUGCCCAAACUGCUGAAAGAUCACCCGAACGCUUACACGUUUACCAAGCAGCUGGCGGAGCAUGAGGUUAACAAACACGCGGCCCAGUUCCCGUGCGCCAUUAUUCGGCCGAGCAUGAUUACCGGUGCCUGGAAGGAGCCUACCCCCGGCUGGACAAUCUCCAAGAACGGGCCGCAAGGUUUCCUCAUGGGUGCGUCCAAGGGCGUCAUCCGCCGUCUGCCCGUCGGCGUGGAUCUCGUCUACGACUACAUCCCGGUCGAUGCCGUCGUCAACCAGACGCUCGUACUUGGUUGGUACAUGGGCACAAACAGCUUCCGCGAGGUGAAAGUGUUCCACUGUACCUCCAGCACAUCGAACCCGUUCAAGUGGAACUCGGUCGUUGAUCAUGUGAACGAUCAUCUGCACAAGUACCCGCUGAAAUCGGCCAUCUGGUACCCACGGUUGAAGUUCGUCUCGAGCCUAUGGGUGUACAAGCUGGCCUCGAUCUUUGUGCACAUAUUGCCCGCACUGGUGCUGGACCUGCUGCUGCGGGUGACCGGCGGUCGGCCCAUGCUGAUGCGCCUCCACUCGAACGUGUGGGAAUCGCUGAACCGGCUGGAGAAGUUCAUCUUCACCGAGUGGAAGUAUCACAACCCGGCCACCCAGCAGCUGGCCCAGUCGCUGCCGGAGAAGGAUAAGCAGCUGUUUAACUUCAACGUUGCCCAGCUGCAAUGGCCGGAGUAUUUCGUGCAGCUGACGCAGGGCGUUCGGCGCUACCUCAACAACGAGCAUCCCAAGUCGCUCGAUGCCGCCCGCCGAAAGGACAAAGUCCUGUUCGUGGUAGAUUUGGUGUUCCAGGUGCUGAUCUUCGCCCUGCUAGGAUGGCUGCUCGCCACCGUGUUCGGCUCCUCCAGCAGCUUGUUCUGGGUGUAUGCCAUCGGUAGCUAUUUACUCUUCAGUCUGCUCUAAGACUGCAUUCGAGGCAGCUCUGCAGUGCAUUUGACCGAUCGUCGGUCAAAGGGGGGGGGGGGGGGGGGUUGAAACAGCCGUAUUAAAUUGCAUUUCACUAUUACAUUGCCCGUUGCCGAGCACAAUCGUUCCACUUUUACUCUGUCUCUUGCCACACACACACACCCUCAUACCUCAUACUCACUUGUCAGAUAGCGUACUUGUGUGUAGGAGUGCCGGAAAACAAAGACUCCACAUCAUCCCGCAGCUUCCCGAUCGCGGAAACGGGAGGAUUUUCCUUUGGCUAAUAUUUCUUCUAAUGUGUAAGCUACUAGGGAGAAGCGUACAUUUCUAAUUCUUGUUUUGUUUUGUGGUUUAGGUUGUCGGAAUAAAUGGUAACUAAAUGAUACCGAUAAUAAAAAAAAGGAAUUAAAAAAAACACAAAA